AAGGUUCAAAGCUUUCUUAUAUUCUAAAAUCUUUGAAAUCCUUUCCCACCAUCACUUUUUGAGAAACCAAAUUUGAAACUCAUGGCCAUCCGUUUCCAGAGGAUUAUUCCUGCCAAGCAGAUCCUGAGACGCAUUCUUCCAUCUUUGGAGUCCACAAAUGUGCCAAAAGGCCAUGUUCCUGUCUAUGUUGGAGAAACUCAGAAGAAGAGAUUUGUGAUUCCAAUUUCAUACUUGAAGCAUCCUUCAUUCCAAAACUUGCUAAGUCAGGCUGAGGAAGAGUUCGGGUUUGAUCAUCCACUGGGUGGCCUCACUAUCCCAUGCAGAGAAGAAGCCUUCAUUGAUCUAACUUACAGUUUGAACUGCUCAUGAGCAAGGAGUAAGAUCUCAAAAUGGCUGGCUUCAAGCUCUCGUCUCUCUAACACCACUUACCCCAAAAUCCAGUCCCAACAAUUUUGUAUUGCUGAGAAAAAGGUCUUUUUGAAGUGACAACGAUAUAGUUUUCUUCUAUUUUUCUGUAAAGCAAUUAGUUGACAGUCAAAUGUCUUCAUCUUAAUCACACAGAAAUAACCAUGUUCCUUUCUCUUCUUUUCAAAAGAAAGCAUGUUGUUUCUUUUCUCCCUUGUGAUUCCUCACUUGCCAAGAAGAUGUUUCAUUUUCUCA